AAGAAUUAAGAAAAAAUUUUAAAAAUUUCAGUGCCACAGGCGUGAAAGACACAAGUGUUAACGUCUCAAAACCGUACGUCGCAAUGUCAUUUUAUAAAAAUGAGUCGUAUGAUGAUUUACAAUUAUGUACUGUGUUUACUGAAAACGAAACAAAAUCGAUUAAUGGGAUAAACAUGGUUAACUACGAAGCCAGCACUUCAAGAAAUGUUUACGGAACCCUUAACGAGAGAAAUAAUGUGAAUUAUAAUGCAAGUACUUUGAAAAAUGAUAAUGAUUACUUGUCUAUUACAAAAUCAUCUCCUCCGUUAAUUUCAGGAUUAAAUAAAUUGCACAUACAUAUGAAAACGCUUAAUUCAAAUGCUAGCGACUUACAAUUAGAGGAAAUAAUGCAUCAAGUUAAUAAUGUUAAGGAAAGUGAAAGGAAUAAUAUAUUAUUUUCCAAUACUCAGGACAGCGAUGAUGAAUUUUGUAAGUUGAAAUUAAAAAGUGAAAAUAUUAAUCGAAUCCAUAUUUUCACNGAUUGUGCAAAAACUUCCACCGCAAAUAAAAUCGAAUCCAUAUUUUCAGGGAAUAUAUGUAUAUAUAGAAUAGAGAACAACAAUUCAUUUUCAAUUUUAGAAUUUAUUCAAAAAAACUCUACGGAUCUCAUAAACGUAUGGAAAAAUGCAAUAAUAUCACAUAAAGCUAUAAAAACUUCACUAGAUUUAGUAACUGUUUAUAAAAAAAUUAAUAUUAAUAAGGAUGAUGUAGAGAUACCUACAAUAACUCAAAAUCUAUCUAUCCCACUGAAACGUUUCUACGUUUGA